CGGAUGACAAUAUUUUCUAAACUUAUCAAGUUCUAGUUGCUUAUUAAUUUAAUCAUAUGCUUACUUCAAAUUUUAAAAUGUAAAUAUUUUUUAUCAAGCAUGUGUUUCAAGGCCAAGUAAACAAGUUAUCCUGCGGUUAAAUUCUUGUAAAUACUUCUAUGAGCUCGUUUAAACAAAGGUUGUCAUGGCUCAAAUAAACCCCUUUUAUGAAGGUGAAUUUUAGGGAAAACCAGAGAAAAAACAAAAAUUCCCUAAAAUGAGUGCCAACAAUGUAUUAGAAAACAAAAUAUGUGCCCAAACAGAAAAAUCGUCAGUUCAAGAAAGCGUUAAUGGCGGCAUUACAAAUUCCCCUGUGACAGUUAGAAUAAAAUAUGGAAAUAAAAGCCUUGAAAAGGACAAAGAAGAAAAUGAAGAAUUUAAAAAUGAUGAUUUCCACCAACAUAUUACCUAUGGGCAGCCAAUCAACUGUAUACCUACAGUUACAUUUGAUUCCAUCAAUUCAUCGUCUGAUUUAAAACACUUAUCUACUUUACCACCAAUUAAUUCAGGCCUAGUAGUUGAUCCUGACCAAAUACUAAAUUCUUGUAACACAAUUGUUGAUGAACAUUGUAUUAAUUCUGGUUUAACAAGUGAUCCUGACCAUUUGUUUAAUUUUCAACAAGAUGAUGGUAACUUGACCAUUAAUCCUGGUUUGAUUACUGAUCAAGAUAAAAUUAAUAAAAACAGUAAAUCUGAAGAGAUACUGAAACAAAAUGAAGAAACAAGCAACCCAACAGACAAAUUCCUUCUGAUUGAACUUUCAGAAUUGGCUGAGAGUUCUGCACCAGCUGAAGAUAUAAUAGGGGAAAAAUCUAAUGACCAGAUAAAAUUAGACAACAAUGGAGAAUUUAUUCAUCAAGAGUCAUUUGACAGAGAUUCAGCAGGAUUAGACAAUGUUGAAGCUUUUAAUUGUAAUCAAAACUUGUGCAGGGAACAGCCGGAUAGCAACCAGGAGAUUGAAUCUGUUAAAGAUGCAGAUACUCAAAUCUGUGCACCAGCAAAAUAUGAUUAUCUAAGUAUGAUUAAUCAGGAGGUGUGCAGUCUUGUUAAUUCAAUCACAGAAGAAAAUUACAGAUCUAGUGAUGACGAUGAAGUUAUUGAUGAUAUUAAUUCAGAAUCGUCAACAGUAGACAAUUUGGAAUCUACUUUUAAAAAGCCUAUUAUUUUGGAAGAAAAUGAUGCACAGUGUAUUUUUGGUUGGACACUUCUUUCUCCAGGAUUGAUGGAAAUUAAAAUCAGUCCAGACUCGGAUGACUCAAAUGAUGUAAUAAGAAUAAGGCGAACAGCAUCGCUUCAAUGUCGCAUUGAAUCGGGGGAUAUUAAUAAAUUAAAUGCCUUCCGAGAAAAUAAUGAAAAAGCUGAAAACACUAAUGACUUUGGUGAGAUGGAAUAUGUAGAUUUCCUAGAGUAUUUAUCUCAAGUCACUAAUCGAAGUGCCAAUGAAAUGCAAGAGAAUGAUGACCAAAUUAAUCUUGUAUUCCAAACAGAAGAUGACAAAGAUACGGGUGAACUUUUUAAUUCUAAAAAGAGGGUAAUGCAAAACAUACAGCAAAUGCUUUCUACACAUUCGCAAAAUAAUACUUUAAUGGAAAACUCUGUUCAAUUACCAUCUGAGAAAAAAGGGGAAUGUGGUGUUGAUGUCAUAGAAGGUCCCCAAGAAAUGUCAUUUCCUACAGAAGAAGAUAAUGUAAUGUCUGUUAAAUUUCUAAUGCCAUCAGAUUCAGCUGAGCUACAACCUAAAACCAGAGAAGACGGUGAGGCAGCUUCUAUUUCAAAAAGUCCGGAUUUAAUAGAACUGGAAGAAGCCAAUCAAAAUCUUGCAAAAGAAAAAUCAUUAAUAUCAAUUCGUCAUCAGCAAUCUCUGGAACAGCAACACGAGCCUGUGGAACAAUCAAGAAACAAAAAAAAUGGAAUAAAAAAGAAAAACACAUUGUACAGAUGGUUGAAAUCAAAAAAAGACAUUCCCUCGACCAAUGGUAAUCCCUCAAAUACACCAAAUGAGGUUAAAAAAAAGAAAUCUUGGUUUCGAUUUUGGUUUUAAUCAUUAAAUUAUUCAAGUUCGUUUCA